AUGAACUGGACAGGAGGUCGUCUUCGGCGACAUUCCGACAUCCACGCGAAAAACAAGAAACAGCAUUUUAAAGAGCCGAGAUCAGCCGCAAAGGGACUUUUCACGACACUAUUCAAAGCUCCCAGUCCUCUCAAAGAGAAUCGAGUCAGAGGCUCUGACCCAAGUGAUGAGUCGCGCCAGAAUUCAGACCAACAAUCUCGCAAUACAUCCUCCCGCUCUUACUCCGGUAACCCAAAUAUCGCACCAGCCACACAUGAGCCCUCACAGGCAGCUCGGCGCUUGGAUACCAUCAAACGCAGGCUACUAGAAAAGUCUGACUGGGCAUCCGUUGCAGCAGCGCGUCCACUGAAGGUGCUGUUCCCUCCAGCAGAAGCGCUACGGAAAUUCGGGAGGCGACGGAGAAUAACGGAUGACGACCGCGAGAGGUUGAGGUCGUCCGACUCGCGCCCAAAUAUUGCCCGCAACACAAGGCUUAGCGAAGAUGCCGUGUCCGAUAUAGAAACCAUCCCGAACCUGGAUAUAAGGAUAAAUGGGAGGCCUGCUGGAGCUGACCGUUCGAUAACAAAUCGCAGCCUUCCGGCUAACGUCUCCUCGCAGUCGAUGCUCCUAGACUGCGAAGAGGCCACUCCCGCAAAAGAAACUCCUUUCAUGCAGGAAUCUGACCGUCCUUAUGUUGACGGAAGAAACCCAUUCGAUGACAGAUCUUGGAUACUGAGAUCCUCAAGCGUCUCGCUUCUCUGCUCAUCUCCCACCAGGAGGCUGUCUUCCCUCGAUGAUUCCAUCCUGGGCUCGGCAUAUUUGACCGACGAAUCCAGGAACGAAGACGAGUCCCGAGAUAUAGAAUUGGAAUCGCUGCACUCAGACUGCAGCUCCGAUGUGUCAUUAAGAACUCCUAUCAGAAGACGAUUCACAAUAGACGAUCAGAUUCUCGCUGAACAAGAGGGGAAAUUGAAUAUUUGCAAUGCAUCUAUGGGAGCAGACAGGUAUGGUGCCCGUCAGCAGUUCGAGAGUACUCUCCAUCUUGAGAGAUCAUCACCGGUGUUCGAUAGCAGUAGUCAUAGGACUACGCACGAGUCUACAGGCACAUCGUCGACCUUGAAUCACUCUGGCUAUGGUUGGCUCUCAGAGCCGCCCUACAACAUCCAACGACCUAUAUCGAGGGUAGAUAAAGGGCUUGGUUCUAGGCCAUGUGGCCCUAAAUUCCAUGAAGAUGGAUUGUCCCAGCUAAGCACAAUGGCGCAGCAAUCCGCAUCUCCGGUGAAAUUGUAUGGCCAGUCGGCCAUCCUUGAUGGCGACCGAAUCGCCGGAAACGUGGACUGCUAUAGAGAUAGACGAGCUGAACCGAACUUUACAUCUCCUGUCGCUUCUGGUGCAGGUCAAGGCAAUACAUUUCGGACCGACAGCUUUGCAAUGUCACCGAAUGCGCUCGUGUUCAAACCCAUCAUCCCACCGAGGGCAGGGAUCUAUAUCGACCAGGCUCGCGUAGCCGCAGGAAAUCGGGUCUUUUUGACAAAUACUGGGAUGCAGCCACAAAAAUGUUCCCGAGAAUAUCUCCGGCCUACCUCCAGACGCAGAGACUAGACACGAGAGCCGAUUUGGUUGUACUACGAUGUGAUGUAGCCUUUGCUCAAGCAUCCUUCGAUAUAUCGUCCUAUUCUACGUAUACAGCGUUGUCGUACAGAUAUACUACAGUACGCCUAACAAGAG